CGAAGCUUAAUCUCUCUCUAAAACCCUAACAUUUAAAAAUUAAAAAAAGAUCCAGUACCAAUUCAAAAACCCCUCUUCCCCUCUCUCUUUCUGAAACGGUCUGGAAUCUGCCAUAAAAAGUGAUCAAUGAGAGGCAUGCAAUUGUCAUUGAACAAAACCCAGAAACUGAGACUAGAGAGAGCAUUAGAGCAGUUGGAAUCUCUUUCAUCCAAAUCCAACUCUGAUGCCUCCGUCACCAUCGCCGACAACAUUUCUGUCAACUGCGAAGAUGCCAUUCUCAAGGGACAUGGGACAACGGAGUUGGAUGGGCAUGUGGUGGCAACACUGUGUGGAGUUGUGGAGCGAGUGAAUAAGCUUGUCUAUGUGAGGGCUUUAAGGGCCAGGUACAAGCCUGAGAUUGGUGAUAUCAUAGUUGGCCGAGUUAUUGAGGUUGCUCCAAAGCGCUGGAGAUUGGAGAUCAACUUCAGCCAGGAUGCAGUUUUGAUGCUUUCUUCUAUGAACUUACCCGAUGGCAUCCAGAGGCGACGAACUGCAAUUGAUGAGCUUAACAUGCGCAGUAUAUUUGAAGAAAAUGAUGUCAUAUGUGCUGAAGUACGUGGUUUCCAGCAUGAUGGUUGUCUGCACCUGCAAGCAAGAAGCCAGAAGUAUGGAAAGCUUGAAAGAGGUCAAUUGCUUACAAUUACCCCGUAUCUGGUGAAGAAGCGCAAGCAGCAUUUCCACUAUUUAGAGCAAUAUGGCAUUGACUUGAUUCUUGGUUGUAACGGCUAUGUUUGGGUUGGUGAACAUGUUGAAGUGAAAGAUCCCAUGUUAGUAGAGGACCAAUUAAACAAAUCUGAGCAACCAAUUGCAGAUUCAGAAAAUUCAAUGAGCAGCGCUGAUGAAGUCGACACUUGUACUCCACUUGAAACUAGGCAAAACAUAUGCAGGACUGCGAAUGCCAUCCGUGUACUUUCUACCUUAGGCUUCGUGGUUACCGUGGAAGUAAUAUUGGCUGUUGUAAACCUGAGCAUGUCUUUGAGUCUGGAUAUACACGAGAUGCUGGGACCAGAGUUUUAUGUGCUAGUUGCUGAGAAAGAAGCUGAACGUCGAAGCUCAUUAGGAAAAAAGAGAUGAUCAUGUUAUUUAAUUUACUUCACAAGGUUUAUACUCUUCUAUGGUCUACUUCUAAGUAUCACUAGAAGUUUUAUCUUGUGUACUAUUAUUAAAAGCAUUCGUUUAUUUGGCAAAAUAUAUUUGAAGUCGGUUACCUGAAUUUAUUAUCUUCA